AUGAAGAGGCGUCAACUAGGAGGUAAACCGAGGCCUGCUCUUGAAUGUUCGGGGAACCAAAUUUCAGGACAAAAAACUUUACUAAUGUUUAAAUCGAAAUGUUUUCUAGAGGUCGUAGAUGACUUCAACGAUUGGCAGUUUCGUCAAACUAUUUCAAAAGAACUUUUGAAAUCGUAUUCAGCACAUUUUGGUCCCUUCACUCUCGCUUUUAGAGAAAUUUUGAAAUUAGCUCUUUUAUUAAUGUCAUCGUCCUCGGUACCUUCAACCAAUAGGUCGGACACUAUUAAAGAAAACCUUAUAGCAUCAAUGAGGCAACACAUUUUGAUUUUUUCGACAAAAUAUUUGGAAAUAAAUAAACAUCAUUCUGCUCCUAUGUCUAAUCUCACUGGGCCAAUGGAUUCAUUCUGUUGCAGUAGAUGCGAACAGAUAAAGAAGGAGGAAUGGAGAAUAUUUGGCAAAAAAAAGGUAAAUUUGUUGCGUGAGAAGACUUUUUCACAGGCAUACCGCAUAGGUUUAAAUGGUAAAAUUGAACUGAAGCACAAUGUAAUGAAAAUUGGCUCCUUGAGGCUUGUAAAUAAUAGCAAUUUGGGCUUCAAAGCAAAUUUAAGCAAGGAAAAAAAUACUUUUUGCUUCAUCUUUUGUCCAAUUCUGAGAAAGAAAUUUCAUGCAAGGGGAAGAGGGAGAACGUAUUUAAUAGUUAUUCUUGUUAAUAAAUUCCUUUUUAUGGAAGAUGAGGUAAAUCCGAUUUUUCUUAAAGAAAAUGAUCCACUGCAAAGAAAGUAUGCUAUUAUACAAGGCCAUAUAGAAAGAAACGAUGUAGAAUUUGUGGCUUUUUUUCGGAGAAUUUUAAAAAUAAGUAUUAGUUAUUUUAAUCCGGCACACUUUAAUUUUUGA